UGGUGGGCCAGUAAAGCCAGCACGUUUCACCAUCAAUUCCUCCUCUUCCAGCCUGUUCAACCUCCCUCUGCUCCUCUCUUAAAUUCCCAAAAUCCCUUCUCAUCUCCAGACCUCGUCUUCCUCUUUACCUCAAACCCUAACCCUAAUUCGACAAGUUCAACACUACCGCGUUGGUCUCCUCAUCGAGAUGGACCCGUGCUCCUUCGUCCGGGUCCUCGUUGGUAACCUCGCUCUCAAGAUACCUGUCGCCUCCCGACCCGACCGCUCCGGCGUCCACCCUUCAUCCACUCCCUGCUACUGCAAGAUAACCCUCCACAAUCUGCCUUGCCAAACCGCUCCCCUCCCUAUCCUUCCUUCGGAGGAAACCAGCGCCGGCGUCGUCGCCGAGUCCGGCCUCGCCUCCGUCUUCCACCUUAGCCGCGUUGAACUAGAGCGGCUCGCGGCUAAGUCGAUUUUUGCUGGUAAGGCGAAGCUGAAGGUCGCUAUUUACACAGGGCGGCGCGGCACCUCCUGCGGGAUAAACUCUGGUCGUCUACUUGGGAAAGUGAAGGUGCCGCUGGAUCUGAAGGCGGCGGAUGGGAAGGCCGUGGUGUUCCAUUCUGGCUGGGUUGCAAUUGGUAAGUCGAGCAAAGGAUCAUCAGCACAGGUCCACAUUACUGUGAAAUCGGAGCCAGAUCCCAGAUUUGUCUUUGAAUUCGGCGGCGAACCGGAGUGCAGUCCCCAUGUUUUCCAGAUACAGGGUAAUCUGCGUCAGCCAGUCUUCACUUGCAAAUUCUCUUGCCGUAAUCCCGCCGCCGAUCGCAGUGUCCGAUCCAGGUCUAUGCCAACAGAUAUGGGAAGCGGGAGGAGCUGGCUAAAGGCAUUCGGAUCGGAGAGGGAGAAACUUACUAAGGAGAGGAAGGGGUGGUCGGUUACUGUCCACGAUCUCUCCGGCUCUCCGGCAGCGAUGGCGUCGAUGGUGACACCCUUCGUCGCCUCCCCAGGAACCGACCGGGUGAGCCGUAGCAACCCGGGCGCCUGGCUCAUCCUCCGCCCCGGUGACGGCACCUGGAAGCCAUGGGGCCGCCUCGAGGCAUGGCGUGAGCGUGGCGGCGGAAACGGUAGCGACGCUCUUGGUUACCGCUUCGAACUCCUUCCCGACGUGACCACAAUGACUCCCUCUGCCGUCGGCGUCUCUUUAGCUGAGUCCGCCAUUAGCCUUUCCAAGGGUGGUCACUUCCUCAUUGACCUUACCUCCACCGCCGGCAGCCGCGGAUGCUCCCCCGGUGGCAGCCCGAGAAGCAGCGGAGACUUCGGAUACGGUCUUUGGCCAUUCGCCGCCUAUCGAGGGUUCGUGAUGUCGUCGACGGUCGCCGGUGAGGGACGGCCUGCUAGCCGGCCAGUUGUGGAGAUCGGCGUACAGCACGUAGGUUGCACGGAAGACGCGGCGGCGUUUGUUGCGCUCUCGGCAGCUAUCGACCUUAGCGUCGACGCCUGUCGCUUGUUUUCAGGUAAGCUUCGGAAGGAGUUGCAACCGCAAGCAGGCGCCGGUGAUGGCGGGUUCAUGUGACGUGGGUGCAGUUCUGGGUGGUUUUUAUUUUAUCGGAUUUUAAUGUAUAUUAACAGUAGAGAGGUUAGCUUUGAUUAUUGUGCGGUUGGUUAUUCUGGUGGUGGGAACUGGGAAGUGUACAGUGAACGUUGGUAAUUUUGGGUGUGUUAUUUUGCUGGAGAGAGUUAGGAUUAGUACCAUGAUUUGUGCAAUAAGAUGUUUCUUUUGUAUUAA